CUCAGCUACAUCUUUCUUAAAGGGAGCUGAUCAGAAUGAGACACAUGGCCCCAGAUUAUAUUCGUCAGCAGCAUUUUAUCCUGAUUUGUUGGCUGAUUUGCAAUUGGGAUAGAGCUGCAAAAGAAAAAUAGCUGUUGUUGCAAAAAUUGUCCACAGAUCGUUAAUUACAUUCAUGUGGUCAGAGCCUCAGCUUCAUGCCUAUUCGAAAAGAUUGUUAAUGAAAGAAAAUAUAAAGGCAGACAGGCCCGGCUAUUGUGUGUGUUCCUUGGGGGCUUCCUUCACCACCUUUUUGGAAAUGUGAUGACCACUGAGUUUUUUCUUGGGGAAGUCAGAAGGUCCCUUGAGCUGGCAAUUUGUACUCUUUACUGUAGAGCAAUUUUCAAACUCAUUUUUUCCACCCUACAAUAGGGAAGGCACCGCAUAAGCCGACAGGCUCAGAGAAAGCAAGACUGAAUCUCUGCUCCACCACAGCCAGUUCUGGAGAUAUCCCUGGUGGUGUUCUGCUGAAGCACGCUCAGGCUGUCCAGUUCAUCUUACCUCUUUCUCUGCUGACAUGAAGGUUUUUUUCGUGGGACUGGCCACUCUCUUGUGCUUUGCAGGAGGGGAGGCUCUGCGCUGCAAUGUCUGCAAACGCAAGUUUCUCCUCUUUGGAUGCGUCCAGGGAUCAGGUGAAACGACGUGUGGAUGGAGGGAGAGAUGUGUGAAUAUUAAAGCUUCUCUUGGGAAAUUGCCUCUCUACUACCGGCUGAACUGCACCUCAGUGUUAAAUUGCGGCAAGGUGAGGGCACCCGACGAAUCUCACCUUACUUAUGACUACACCUGCUGCAACACUGAUUUCUGCAAUUGAGUUGGAGGGGAGGAAAGUGUGUGUGUGGGGGGGUCAGUGUCAGUGAAUCAUUUCAGCUCUUACAUUUGCUGUCUCUCUUCUUCUGCAGUGCAGGGAAGGGGAACGGAUCAUGAGUCUCUUUUUCUAUGUUUCUUUUAAAUUCAGGUGGUUUUUUUUUAAGAUUCAGAGAUAUUUCCAUUCUUCCAGGAAAACACCUGCUUUCCUGUUGUCUUUAAAGCAGGGAUCAUGUCUCAUAGUGAUGAGGCUUGGGGUAAAAUGUUCUAAAGUGUCACUGUCAGAAGCCUAAUGUGAAAUAUUGGAAACUGUGUUCAAAAUUACAUACUGUCACUUUAUGUGUGAGGGGGUUGCCUGGCCUGCAGCCAGGCUAGGGGGCUCUGAGGGAAACAUGUGAUCUGAGUUGUCUGAGUCAGUUAACAGACAACCAGGUGGGGUGAGUUGCGCCUUUCUGGUUGUAGGGAGCAGCCUGCUUUGUCUCUCUCUGUUUCAGAGUUCUUGUGUGUCUUAUCGUUCAGAAUUCUAAGAAAUCAAGUUGUGUUACGUUGCAACCUUCCAGCAAGAGUAUUUAUGUUCUGAUCCAACUUCUCCAUGUGUAUGCCAUGAAUAUAACACCUAAGUCCCACUAACUUUCCAUUUUACUCAUAAUCAUUUUUCUUAGUUCCAAAGUCAUAGGGUCUUUAGGAAUCCAUGAUCUACUAAAGUCAAUGAGACUGAACUCAUGUAACUAACAGUAGAACCUAGCCAUGUGUCUAUAUUUUCUUCUCCAGCUGGUCUUAUUUAUCGAGGUCUAAACUUGGCAGGUCUGAUGCUGUAAUGGCUGCUUAGCACACUGAUCGGAGUCACCUCGUUUUUGCCUUGUACUCCCCCCAUCUAUUGGUUGUAUCCACUUGUGGUGUCUCCUUCCUAAACGUAGAUGGUAAGUGCUUCAGGGCAGGGACUAUCUUUUUGUUAUGUGCGUGUACAGCGUCUAGCACAAUGGGACCUGGGCCCCUGUCUGGGGCCUCUGGGCACUACCACAAUAAAAAUAAAUAAUAAUAAUAAUAACAUGAUCUCUGUGUUAUGGAAGGGAGCAAACAGAUUUUUGGUGCUGGGGAUCUUAAAUCAACAAGAAUAUUCCACUCAAUUUACUGUCUAUUUAGAUUGUGUGCUCAUGAUUUACGACUAUCUGUUGCUUUGCUUCUGUGUAGUAUGCUGCAAAAUAAGGUCCUGGUCUCAGGUGCUACUGCAAUAUACAUAAUAAUAAUGUUAAUCUUUCAAGGAAGAAAUACACACACCAGCCACGCGUAUUUAAAUUGCCAAAUAAAUCAUUCAAAUGUGAAGCCACUUCAGUUUUCAGUGAUUCAUUUUCA